UCAUUUUCAUCUAUCAAGUUUAAACAUGGUAGCUAAAUUGGCAUCUUUUAUGUGUAAACUAUUAUAAAUACACACAUUCCUCGAAAGAGUCAAUAGCUGUCAAAGCCAUAUCAGCACCACCGGAGCUUUGUUCGAUUCGUCACUUUCACUUGAGUAGGAAAAGCGAGCAGAGGAGCUGAAGUGCUGUUUAUCAGUUUUGCGAUCAGAUGAAGUGCAUAUCGUGCCAGGAUCUCUACGACGAAGAUGCCGCCGGCACGUGCAAGGAGUGCUACGAGGAGGCCAACGAGACCGAAGAGGAGCUGAAGCGCGAGAUCGACGAACUCAAGGCCAAGGUCGCCUUCCUCAAGUUCUGGUCCCCAACUCCCAGCGCUAGGUCUCACCCCGCUUCCUUCUCCGACGUCGUUUUGGUUGCCUCCGAGGAUACCUCCGCCGGGGCCCCUGUACCCGUUCCGGCCCAUAAGGCCGUUUUGGUGAGCCGUUCUCCGGUGUUCAGAGCCAUGCUUGAGAAUGAGAUGGAAGAAAGCCUGAGUGGCACCAUCAAGAUUGGAGAUGUGUCCUACGAUGCCCUUCGCACGUUUGUCAACUACCUGUACACAGCUGAGGUAUGCCUUGAUGAGGAUAUGGCCUGCGACCUGCUAAUACUGGCUGAAAAAUACCAGGUGCAGCAUCUCAAGGACUAUUGUGAAAAGUUCUUGGUGUCCAAGCUGAAUUGGGACAAUUCAGUUAUGAAGUACGCCUUUGCGCACCAGCACAAUGCCAAGCAUAUCAUCGACGCAGCCUUGACAUUGAUCACAGACAACAUGGACAAGCUUACUACCCGGGAGCAUUACGUGGAGCUAGUGGAGAAAGAUCCACGACUCGUUGUUGAAAUAUAUGAAGCUUAUCUCUCCAAACAGGUCAAUACUGCUGCCCAGAAAGAUUCUUCCCGGAAGACAUAGUCUAGUGAGCGAUUUCCUCUUACCCUGACCUGAGCUUGCGAUCAGUGUUCGUUUUGGUAGCACAUGGAACAUAAAUUGUAUGCAUGUAGUUUUUGUUUUCAAAUGAGCAUUUUGGAGCCUUUCUUAUUCUUACCGGUGGCAUAAUUGGAGCUAGCUUUUGUUACUCUGGACUGUAUCUGGUGGCAUAAUUUGUCAUUAAGUUAAUGAUCUGUGUGCAGAUUGGCACUAUUCUAUGUGAAAGUUGUUCAACAGCUAAUGUAAUGCAGUGCUGGAAAAGGGCAUCAGUGUGUGCACAUUUGACCAUCGAUCCUAUUGUGUGCAGUUGAUGUACUUGAACAAAGUUUUGCACUUGACCA